UAUAUAUAUAUAUUUCACUGGUGAAUAUUAUUAUUUUGCGGAGGCAAUUUAUGUAAUAUUUCAAAAUGCCACAAGGAGAUGGUGCUGCAGUUGCAGUACCUAACAAUCAAAACGGUGCUGUGGCACAUAUUCACAGUCUGGCUGGUGUAAUAGGACCAGUUUUAAAUAACAAUAACAUGAAUAUAGCUAGAAAUAACAAUAAUCAAAACCCACUGAUUAAUGUGCGGGAUAGAUUAUUUCAUGCGUUAUUUAUCAAAGUGGCGUUAGUCUACGCACGAACAUUUCCAAGGCCUGUCAGAAGAUUUAUAGAAUUUAUCGUCCUUUUGAAGGCUAUAGUGGCAUUUUUUGUAUUGGCUUAUAUCCAUAUAGUAUUUUCACGAGCACCAACUAAUUGUUUAGAGCAUAUAAGAGAUGAGUGGCCACGAGAUGGUAUAUUGAGAGUCGAAAUUCUUAGGAAUGGUGGUGAUGAUUACAGUAUAGAAAAAAGUUAUGCCAAAGAGGAAAAAUUGAGGCAAGAGAAAGUUGACGAUUUAACCGGCACUUUGGGAAUAUUAACCAGAGAUGGGUUUAUAAACAUUGAACCUUCGGCUGUUGACGAGGAACAGGAUGCUGUAAAUGUCUCUGAUGAAGAGAAUCGUGGCAAUGUAACAUUACCUGAGCAAGAUAUGAUUAUAAGUAGUCCCACAGUUCCUGGAGAGGUAGAAAAUCCUAAUCUAAGUACAACGAAUACAACGAUGAACCCACCGUUAUCCACUGUACUUUGGAAUGGUUUAAACAUAGCUAAGAAAACACCACCUGAUGAAGAGUUAUCUUUUGCAAAAACUGAGGGUAAUUCCACGGAAGCACCUGAUGUGAAUCGCUCAAGUGAAGAUAAUGUUAUACAGUCGUUAAAAGAUCGUGCAUCAGAUGCUGAUAAAACGGCUAGAGCAGAAGAUGGAUACAUCGUGGAAUAUUCGUUGGAAUACGGUUUCUUGCGAUUAUCGCCGGCAGCUCGACAAAGAUUGAACAUCCCAGUUAAGAUCGUUACUUUGGAUCCAUUAAACGACAAAUGUUUCGGCGAUGCUUUUUCAAGAUUGAUCCUAGAUGAAUUUCUGGGCUAUGACGAUUUGUUAAUGGCAAGCAUCAAAACGUUAGCGGAACACGAAGAUAACAAAGGUUUCCUACGAAAUGUAGUAACCGGAGAACACUACCGAUUCGUCAGCAUGUGGAUGGCGCGAACCUCGUAUCUCGCUGCAUUCUUCGUCAUGCUCGUAUUUAUUAAGUGGAGAUUACAGAAAGUAAGUACUUGAAAGUAAGUUCAUGGUUAUGAAAGCAAACAUAUAUAUAUAUCAUUUUUCUCCCUGAUGUACACUUCUCACUUAUAUAAAAAAAAGAAUACAAACAAAGGUUUUUAUGAAAAUUAUUCAUUCAGGUAAAACUUGAUAAGAAUAGAGGUCUCAAAUGCAAUUGUCGGAGUUUCCUGAAAUUGUAAAUUGGUUGAGUUAGUAAUAUACAAUGUAGUUGCAAAAAUUAUCUGAAUAUAUUAAUAUAAUGCCGUAAAACUGAAAAGAAUGUCCAUUUCCCUCACAUGACAAAAUGUCCCUGAAUUAUCGUAGUAUCUGUUGACUAUCUACAUCGUUAUCUGAAAUUAAUUUGUUAUUUAUCAUGAUAUUUCCAAGAAAUAUCCUGAUUUUUAUAUCAAGACUGUUUUAUAUCCUGAGGAAGAUAUGGUUUUAGUUGCACUGUCACGACAACAAUCAUAAUGAAAUGAUAAAGAAGCAAUAUUUUUAUUUAUAUUUUAUGAAUAUUCCGUUCCAUUAAUUUUUAUAUAUAAAUUUGAAACAUAUUCUUAUUCGUAUAUAACAUAACAAAAUUUUAAUUACAUUUGAUCAAGGAAGAGAAAAAAAAUUAAAGCAAACCUAAAAGAAAAGGAAGUAAAAUUAAGUGAAAACACAAUUUGUAUUUUCACGCCCUGGUGAUCAAAAUCUCAUCGUUACUUUUUCUUUGAGUCAUUUUCAUACUCAAAACAAAAUAUAAUCUUAUCUUCUUUUACAUUUCCCUAAGUAUAAAAUUUGCAUUCUAAAAUUUUCGUCUUCUAACUGAAUAAUUUAAUGUUGAAUUAAUUAUUACUAUUACACGCGAGCGCAAGCCAUAAGGUAAAAGAUUGAUCGAACCGCAAUUCAAUGGGUUAAGAAUGAUUAUCCUUGAGAAAACAUUAAAAUAUUGUCAAAAUGAAAUAUUUUGAAAAAUUUUGAUCAAUUGGUGAGGCUUGGUGAGGCAUUAAGUCACUUGAAACAACACUUUUAAGAGGAUUGUUUACUACACAGAUAACACAUGUUAAUAAUGCUAUAACUCGUUAUAAUCCGAGAGGCGUUCCUCUCGUCCCCACC